UUCACCCUCUAUCCUCCCUUUUCCUUCUCUUUUCUUUACGUUUACCUUCUUGUCUUUCUUUUCGUGUUCUCGGUGUUUGUUCUUCUGUAUUUGAUUCUUUGCCGCCAAAGAUUCUGAAAGAUUUUCUGGUAAAUUUCCGAGGACGUCAUCAUAGAGGAGAACUCAUCCGAAAUCAUUGUGACUAUAAUGUCUCCUCAGAUGUUUCCCCAGAUUAUCUCCAGGAAAUGGAUUUUAUUUCUCCAUAGAAUCUGGUGCGGUUUAUCAUCGUCUCCUCUUCUUCCCUUCAGGUUUCUCCAAUCCAGGAUCCUCUGCUGAUAUCUUCUAUAUAAGAGAAUUCUCCUGGAUGACCCAUCAACCAUGGAGAGAGACAGGAACAAGAUGGCCGACAGGAUCAUAAACCUCACCCUACAGAUACUCUUCCGGCUUACUGGAGAGAUGGAUAUGACUGGAGAGGUGAGGGAUUCUGGAAUAAGGAAAUGGAUGAACAUAAGAUUCUAGAACUCAUCAACAAGAUGAUGGAGCUGCUGACUGGAGAGGUUCCUAUAAGGUGUCAGGACGUGGCGGUCUAUUUCUCCAUGGAGGAGUGGGAGUAUGUAGAAGGACACAAGGAUCAGUACAAGGAUCAGGUCAUGAUGGAGGAUCAGCAGCCCCUCACAUCACCAGUCAGAUCCAGUAAGAGAACAGCACCAGAGAGGUGUCCCCGUCCUCUUCUUCCACAGGAUGAUCAGGGAGAAGAUCUGAACUAUGUUAAUGCUCCAGAGACACAUGUGAGUGGUGAUGAGCAGUAUAAGGAGGACAUUCCGACAGGAAAAUAUCUGAACAAUAUUAAUGCUACAGAUAUGAAGGAAGAAGAAGAGACAGAUGUGAGCGGUGAUGAGCAUUAUAAUGAGGACAUUCCUACAGGGAAAGAUCUGAACAAUAUUAAUGCUACAGAUAUAAAGGAAGAAGAAGAGACAGAUGUGAUCAGUGAUGAGCAGUAUAAGGAGGACAUUCUGACAGGAAAAGAUUUGAACAAUAUUAAUACUACAGAUAUGAAGGAAGAAGAAGAAACAGAUGUGAGCUGUGAUGAGCAGUAUAAGGAGGACAUUCCUACAGGAAAAGAUCUGAACAAUAUUAAGGCUACAGAUAUGAAGGAAGAAGAAGAGACAGAUGUGAGCAGUGAUGAGCAGUAUAAGGAGGACGUUCCUACAGGUAACCGCCCAGAUUCUUGUAGCAGGAGAUCAGAGGAGAAUCUUAUAUCUUCAGAUUAUAAAGCAGAUGAUGAUAUCACACAAGAUACAUAUGAAGAACAUUCCAUUAUCCCAGAUACACCCUCAGCCCUUCACAGCCAAGAUCUGUCAUCUCAUCCUUAUAUACAGGUCCUGUCUUCUCAGUCAUCACAGGAUGUUCAGCAAAAUAAAAGUCAUAGAAGGGGUGUUGGACAUCAACGAGCUCAUACAGGAAAGAAACCAUAUUCAUGCUCAGAAUGUGGGAAAUGUUUUACUUUUAAAUCAGGUCUUGUUACACAUCAAAGAACUCACACAGGGGAGAAGCCAUUUUCAUGCUCAGAAUGUGGGAAAUGUUUUACUCAGCAAUCACAUCUUGCUGUACAUAAAAGAACUCACACAGUGAAGAAGCUAUUUUCAUGUUCAGAAUGUGGGAAAUAUUUUAGUGAGAAACCAAGGCUUGUUAAACAUCAAAGAAUUCACACAGGGGAGAAGCUAUUUUCAUGCUCAGAAUGUGGGAAAUGUUUUACUAAUAAAUCAUACCUUGUUGUACAUCGAAGAACUCACACAGGGGAGAAACCAUUUUCAUGUUCAGAAUGUAGGAAGUGUUUUAUUGACAAAUCAAAUCUUGUUCAACAUCAAAAAACUCACACAGGGGAGAAGCCAUUUUCAUGUUCAGAAUGUGGAAAAUGUUUUACUGAGAAAUCAAGUCUUCUUUAUCAUCAAAAAACUCACACAGGAGAGAAGCCAUUUCCAUGUUCAGAAUGUGGAAAAUGUUUUAUUCAAAAAUCACAUCUUGUUAAACAUCAGAGAACUCAUACAGGUGAGAAGCCAUUUUCAUGUUCAGAAUGUGGAAAAUGCUUUACUUGCAAAUCAGGUCUUAUUGUACAUAAAAGAACUCACACAGGGGAGAAGCCAUAUUCAUGUUCAGAAUGUAGAAAAUGUUUUACUCAGAAAUCACAUCUUGUUCAACAUCAAAGAACUCACACAGGGGAGAAGCCAUUUUCAUGUUCGGAAUGUGAGAAAUGUUUUACUGAUAAAGCAAAUCUUUUUAAACAUCAGAGAUGUCACACAGUGGAUAAACCAUUUUCAUGUUCAGAAUGUGGGAAAUAUUUUACUGAGAAAGCAAGUCUUCUUAAACAUCAAAGAACUCACACUGGGGAGAAGCCAUAUUCAUGUUCAGAAUGUAGAAAAUGUUUUACUCAGAAAUCACAUCUUGUUCAACAUCAAAGAACUCACACAGGGGAGAAGCCAUUUUCAUGUUCGGAAUGUGAGAAAUGUUUUACUGAUAAAGCAAAUCUUUUUAAACAUCAGAGAUGUCACACAGUGGAUAAACCAUUUUCAUGUUCAGAAUGUGGGAAAUAUUUUACUGAGAAAGCAAAUCUUCUUAAACAUCAAAGAACUCACACAGGGGAGAAGCCAUUUUCAUGCUCAGCAUGUGGAAAAAGUUUUACUUACAAAUCAACUCUCGUUGAACAUGAAAAAUCUCACACAGAUAAGAAGCCAUUUUCAUGUUCAGAAUGUAGGAAAUGUUUUACUAAAAUAUCAAAUCUUAAAAAACACCAAAGAACUCACACAGAGGAGAAGCUAUUUUCAUGUUCAGAAUGUGGGAAAUGUUAUACUCGGAAACCAAACCUUAUAAGUCAUCAAAGAACUCACACAGGAGAGAAACCAUUUUUAUGCUCAGAAUGUGGGAAAUGUUUUACUUGGAAAUCAGCUCUUCUUCAGCAUCAAAGAACUCACACAGGAGAGAAGCCAAUUCAGAGCAGUAAAUCCAGUAAGAGAACAACACCAGAGAGGUGUCCCCGUCCUCUUCUUCCACAGGAUGAUCAGGGUGAAGAUCCGAACAAUAUUUAUGCUCCAGAGACAGAUGUGAGCUGUGAUGAGCAGUAUAAGGAGGAUAUUCCUACUGGGGAAGAUCUGAUCUAUAUUAAUGCUACAGUCAUUAAGGAAGAAGACGAGACAGUUGUGAGCGGUGAUGAGCAGUAUAAGGAGGACAUUCCUAUAGGGGAAGAUCUGAUCUAUAUUAAUGCUACAGACAUAAAGGAAGAACAAGAGACAGAUGUGAGCGGUGAUGAGCAGUAUAAGGAGGACAUUCAUACAGGGGAAGAUCUGAUCUAUAUUAAUACUACAGACAUAAAGGAAGAACAAGAGACAGAUGUGAGCGGUGAUGAGCAGUAUAAGGAGGACAUUCCUAUAGGGGAAGAUCUGAUCUAUAUUAAUGCUACAGACAUAAAGGAAGAACAAGAGACAGAUGUGAGCGGUGAUGAGCAGUAUAAGGAGGACAUUCAUACAGGGGAAGAUCUGAUCUAUAUUAAUACUACAGACAUAAAGGAAGAACAAGAGACAGAUGUGAGCGGUGAUGAGCAGUAUAAGGAGGACAUUUCUACAGGGGAAGAUCUGAACUAUAUUAAUGCUAGAGACAUAGAGGUAGAAGAAGAGACAGAUGUGAGCGGUGAUAAGCAGUAUAAGGAGGAUAUUCCUACAAGUAACCGCCUUGAUUCUUGUACCAGGAGAUCAGAGGAGAAUCUUAUAUCUUCAGAUUAUAAAGCAGAUGAUGAUAUCACACAAGAUACAUAUGAAGAACAUUCCAUUAUCCCAGAUACACCCUCAGCCCUUCACAGCCAAGAUCUGUCAUCUCAUCCUUAUAUACAGGUCCUGUCUUCUCAUUCAUCACAGAAAGGUCACAGAAGGGGUGUUGGACAUCAACGAGCUCAUACAGGAAGGAAACCAUAUUCAUGCUCAGAAUGUGGGAAAUGUUCUACUAAGAAAUCAGAUCUUGUUAAACAUCAAAGAAUUCACACAGGGGAAAAGCCAUUCUCAUGUUCAGAAUGUGGGAAAUGUUUUACUCAGCAAUCGCAACUUGUUCAACAUAAAAGAACUCACACAGGGGAAAAGCCAUUUCCAUGUUUGGAAUGUGGAAAAUGUUUUGCUGAGAAAUCACAUCUUGUUCAACAUAAAAGAACUCACACAGGGGAAAAGCCAUUUUCAUGCUCAGAAUGUGGUAAAUGUUUUACUGAGAAAUCAAAUCUUGUUAAUCAUAAAAGAACUCACACAGGGGAGAAGCCAUUUUCAUGCUCAGAAUGUGGUAAAUGUUUUACUGAGAAAUCAAAUCUUGUUAAACAUCAAAGAACUCACACAGGGGAGAAGCCAUUUUCAUGCUCAGAAUGUGAGAAAUGUUUUACUGAGAAAGCAAGUCUUGUUAUACAUCAAAGAACUCACACAGGAAAGAAUCCAUUUUCAUGUUCAGAAUGUGGAAAAUCUUUUUAUUUUAAAUCAAGACUUGUUAAACAUAAAAGAACUCACACAGGGGAAAAAACAUUUUCAUGCUCAGAAUGUGGAAAAUGUUUUGUUAAGAAAUCAAGUCUUGUUAAACAUCAAAGAACUCACACAGGUGAGAAUCCAUUUUCAUGUUCAGAAUGUGGAAAAUCUUUUAAUUUUAAAUCAAGACUUGUUAACCAUAAAAGAACUCACACAGGGGAAAAACCAUUUUUAUGCUCAGAAUGUGGGAAAUGUUUCACAGAGAAAUCAAAUCUCGCUAAACAUCAAAGAAAACAUUUUCAUGUUCAGAAUAAAGCAAUCAAGACUAGUUAAACAUCUAAAUACUCACACAGGAGAGGAGCCAUUUUCAUGUUCAGAAUAUAGGAAAUGUUUUAAUGAGAAAUCAACACUUAAAAGACAUCUUAGGGUAUGUUCACACUACGGAAUUCCCGCGGAAUUCCACGGUGUGAAUUUAACAUUAGUGUGAAUGGGUCUCCGCAAGACCCAUUCACACUGCGGAAUUUGUUCAGCGCAAAGAAAGAACAUGUUCAUUCUUUGUGCGGAAGUCCGUGAGUACUGCAUAGCCAUCAAUGGUGACGGCGCAGUGCCACGCGGUCCUACCACCGCUGUCGGCUGCCAGGCUGAAUCUCAGCUCGCGGAAUUCUGCGAGCGGAGAUUCCGUUCACACUCUGUAGUGUGAACAGACCCUAAGAAUUCACACAGGAGAGAAGAUAUUUUAGAGCACUAAAUGAUGCAGAUAACACAUUUAUAUAUUAACCCCUUGCAGCAGAACGCUGUUUUAAAUGGCGCUGCGGCAAGGUUAUGAAUCUAGCUCAGGAGCUGAGCUUGCAUCAUACCUGCAUGGUCCCGGCUGCUAUCAGCAGCCAGGACCUGUGACUUAUGCCGGACAUCGCCGUUCAGGUAGAUGAUCGGCAUUUACUAUUUAGACACGGCACUAUUUACCGUAUAUACUCGAGUAUAAGCCGACCCGAGUAUAAGCCGAGACCCCUAAUUUCAACCCAAAAUCCCAGGAAAAGUUAUUG